AUGACAGACACUAGACUCCGCUCGGGAUGGACCAAGAGAGCCUACGAGCCUAACUCCAAGCUGCGCGAUCAGGCCAGGGCGAGCACCGUCAUGUUCGAGCCCAUCGGGAACGUGCGGGCGCAGUCGCCGGUGGAUGGAGGAAAGGGAGGUUGCGGACGGAGACGUCGCCUCCGCGACGCGAUCGACUCUCGAAUAGCAGAGGAACAGGCCCGCCAGAAGACGGCCCAGGAUAACGUCUCUCGAUCCGCUUCGGGCCGCCGUACAGCCACGUCCCGCAACCUCUCCCCUGGUCGUCGGCCACAACGUCCCAGGCGGACCCCCAGCACCCCCAUCCGAGGCCCCGACCCAAAGGAAUUCGAGCCCGAGUUUGCGAUCGGAGAUGACGAAUCCAGUGGAACGGCCACGCCCCAGGCGGAGACCUUGAAGCCGGACUCAGAGGUAACAACGCUCAAUCCAGGCGCCGAGGGAGAGGAACAAGAAAGCAAAGCACCGGCAGCAUCGUCUGCAACAGGAGAUGCGGCAGCUCCAGACACCGAGCCCAAUGAUGAAGCCGCACCGGAGUUGCCAACGGAGGUGAGAGCGAAGCUCCGGAGACUAGAGAAGCUCGAGCCACGAUACCAUGAGCUCCUCAAGGCAUAUCGUGUAGCUCAUGCACGGGUCCUCUCCAUCGAACCCUUCGAAGCCGCGCUGCGCGAGAAUACACCUCUCUCAUCGAUCGCCGAGCCGAAGGCACUUACCGAGUAUCUGAAUCAGUCGACUCUCAAGAGUGAUAUGGUGAUGGAAGAGCUGAAGCGGGUGUCGACCGAAAAGGACGAUUACAAAAAGAAGCUGGAGGAAGCUGAGAAGUCCGCCAAGGAGAUUCGGGAGGAGAUGGUCCGUCUCAAAAAGGAUAAGCCGGAGGAUGAGCAGAUAAAACUUACCGACGAAGGUCAAGAGACGAGCGAAGAGUUCUUUUCAUUCGAGAACGAAAUUCCUCGCCUGGAAGGAGAAUUAAAGGAACGACAAGAAGAGGUGAACGAGCUGAAGUCGCAGGUGGAAACCCUCAAACGUGACCUGUCAGUCGCACAGGAGUCGACGGAGGGCAUGGUGCAGAACUUGGAAUCGGCGACUCGCGAGCUUGUCGAGUUGCGUGACACCAAGGACCGACUAGAUGCCGAGAUUGAUAGCCUGAAGACGUCCAAAGAGACGGAUGUGGACGACCUAAAAGCCAAGCUUGGCGCCGCAGAAUCCUCCAUCGAACGGGUCACUGCCGAAGUGGCCGAGCUGAAGACACAGCUGCAAGGCAAGGCCGUUGAGAUUGAGAGGCUCCAGGCCCAGGCCUCUCAGUCCGGAGAGGCGACAGAGACAGCGGCUGAUCCCGAACUUGCCGCGCAACUGGAGAAGGCCAAGGAAGGGAAGGAGGCUAGCGAGAAGCGUCUCGGUGUCCUUCAGGGCCUGGUGGAUAGCCUUCGAUCUCAACUUAAAGAUACAGAAUCGAGCGUGUUCGACUUGAAAGCAGAGAUUAACGACAAGUCGAUAAGCUCCACUAGACUCCAGAAUAUUGUCGACUGGGUGGAUGUCAACUUGAAGGAUCAUGCCUCUUGGAUUUCCGCUAAGGAGAAAGUCUCUGCCGGACAGACAGCCGACUUUGAGGAGGUCCGCAAAAGCCUUGCGCCUGCGACAACGGAGGCCAUUCCAGCUACUCCCGAAGCUGAAAUCGACUCCCAGACCCAAUCUACCGCGGCCGCCAAUGCUGGAGCUGGUGCUGGCAAGAAGAAGAACAAGAAAAAGAAGAAGGGUGGCAAAGCGGCCGAAGAAUCCCCCAAACCAUCUAAUACGACCACUUCUAUAGAACAAUCAUCGAGUGCAACUUCGGGUUCGUCGGACUUGGUCGAACUCAAGCAAACGAUUGAAAUCCUUACGCAGCAAUUGGCCGAGAAGGAAUCCGCAAUUGAACGCCUCAGCUCGAAGUUGAAGGGAGAAGACGACCUUAAGGAGGAGAUCGAGUCCUUGCGCGAUGAUUUGGUCAAUGUGGGCCAGGAGCAUGUUGAGGCGAAGGACAAGAUCAAGGAACUUUCCGCAGAAAAAUCUGCGCUCGAAGAAACAAUCGGCAAAUUGGAAAAGGAACUCGUUGAUCUGCGCACUAACAGCGCAUCGAGCACUGCCGACUCAGCCAAGGUGCACGGCGACUUGAAAGACGAAUUCGAGCGCCUAAAGGUCCAGGCAGCCACGCUGGAGACGGAUCUUUCUGCGGCACAGCAGCUAGCAGCCGCUCGCUUCAAGGAUCUCACAGACCUACGUGAUACCCUUCAGAAGAUCCAACCCGAGUUACGGAAUCUGCGCGCCGACUCGUCAGAGUUGAAGACCAUGAAGGAAACGCUGAGCAGCAAAACCUCAGAGCUGAAAGCGCUGGAGGGCAAGCAUGAGGAUCUUCAGAUCGAGCUGAAGAAUGCCAAGUCGAAGAUCACGGAGCGCGAGUCAGAAGUGAAAACGCUGAAUAAGAAGGUCCGCCAAGAGACAGACAGCCGUCUGAAAGCGGAGGAGAAUCUCACUGUCGCCCGAUCGAAUCUACGGUCUGCCGAGUCCAAGGCACAAGAAGCCAUCAAUGCAAAGGAGAAGACGGCCACCGAUCUAUCCAAAGUCCAAGAUGGACUGAAGGGCUCCCGUGCCAAGGUCCAAGAGAUGGAAGAACAAAUCUCUCAGCUGAACAAAGACUUAGAUGGUCUUCGAGAAGAGAUUGAGCUGAAGACGGCACAACACUCCAGUGCCCAAAGUCUGAUGAACAGUAUGCGCGACCAGACUGCCGAGAUGGCGAUGCAGAUGAAAGAGGCUCGGGAGCGGUGUGACAGCUUGGAAGAGGAGUUGGCGGAUGCCCAUCGCUUGUUGAGCGAGCGAACCCGCGAGGGCGAGACGAUGCGCCGUCUGCUGAAUGAUAUUGAAAGUCGUGCGGAGGCCAAGGUCCGCGAUUCCAAGGAGCGCCUGGAGCAGGCCAUCGAGGAACGAGACCGAGCCGAAGACGAGGCCAGCACGCAUGGCCGGCGUCGAGCACGCGAGAUCGAGGAGUUGAAAGGCAAGAUCCGUGAAGCGGAACGAGCACUGCGCACCGUGGAACAGGACAAGGAAGAGCUGGAAUACUCCCAGAAGGACUGGCGCCGCCGCCGGGAUGAGCUGGAGUCGCUGUCCGAACGCUCUACGCAGGAAGUCAGCGAAAUCCGGCAGGCCAUGGCCGGCCUCCGCGAAGCGCUCGAUGAACGCGAGAAGCAAGUACGCGACCUGGAGAAAGAACGGGCCGAACUGCGUCGCUCGGUUGAGGAAACCAACAGCCGCCUGGAGCGGCUGCGACGAUCGCACAAGACUCUGGGUGAGGAUGUUCGCCUCCGCAGCCUCGAGACCGGGCGCCAGUCCUCGCGAUCGUCGAUGGACUCACGAGGAGUAACCUCUCCGUCUGGCCAGGACCGUAGUGUCUCUGCCCAGCGCAGCGAGACUCCUCCCACGGCGGGCUCUACUGCGCAGAUCGACUACAUGUAUCUGAAGAAUGUUCUUCUGCAGUUCCUGGAGCAGAAGGAUAAGAACUAUCAGAAACAGCUGAUUCCGGUGCUGGGGAUGCUACUCCAUUUCGACCGGGCGGACGAACAAAAGCUCAUUUCUUUGCUGUGUAACUCCGAUCCCGAAGCCAUUUUCCUGAAUAUACCUACCACCCCAAUGACCGACACUCCCACCAUUCGCCUGGCCACGGCCGAGGGCAAGUUCUUCCUUCUCUCUCUUGGCUCUGUACGCGGCACGGUGUACACGGCCCUGAUCACCCCGCCGCCCAGCGCGGAACAACCCUCGCCGAUCCCCGUGGGCAUGGCGCUCUUCUUCUACAACUACUCAACUUGGCGGGCCGCCCCAGGCAUCUACCUGGAGGAUCUCUACGUGCAGCCGAGUGCGCGCGGCCACGGGUACGGGUUCAAGCUGCUCAAGUAUCUGGCGCAGAAGGUGGUCGAGGUGCGGGGGCGGCGACUGGAGUGGAGUGUGCUCCGAUGGAACAAGCCAUCAAUUGAUUUUUACGAGCGGGUUGGGGCGAAGGGCAUGGAGGAGUGGAUGAAGAUGAUGGUCGAGGGUGAGGCCCUGGAUCGCUUGGCUGCGGAGGUGUAG